AUGUGCUCAUCCGUCCGUGCAUCGAUGGAAACGCUUGUUAUCAAGGAGCAUUUCAGGAUAUUGGCUUGGCAUGAUAUGCUGAAGAACUUUGCACAAAAUGAGAUUACCAAAAUGGGUCUCGACACUCUCGUGCAGCCUGUCAUCUGGGAUUACAGCGAGAGCCUGGCAACGGUUGAACGUAUGCAAGCUCCCAAAAUGAAAACUUGA